AUGGCGCGCGCGCCCGGGAAGGGACGGCUGGGGCGCGCCCCAACCGCCCGGCCGUCCUCGGGGCGGGGCUGGGGCGGUGCUUGCGCAGGCGCGAGGAGCGGAGACCGGCAGGCGGGGCGGGGUGCUCGGCCCUCGGCUCUAGCUGGUGUUGGGAGGCGGCGGUUCGGUGAAGCACAGGCUCGGCGUGGGCGGGCGCUUCUCCCUCCUGGUGGUCCUCGAGGUCCUCCGCGAGCGGAAGGCCCAAGUGAGGCGCGCUGGAUCCGGCCUCAGAAGAGACGCGAAUUCGGAGCGACCGCCGGCUGCUCGCGCGGGAGGCGGCUCGGGGGUCCGGCUGCAGAGACCCUCCGAGCGGCGGCGGGCGGCGGGGCAGAGCGGGCGGCGGGACGCGGGCGGUGGAGGCUCGCCGUGAAGGGAGACUCCUCGGGAUUGGGCCGGCGCCUGCCGAGCUCGCGCAGUGCGGGUGCUGAGACCGCGGCCCGCGCCCGGCCCCGCGGGCUUCUUCCCGGAAGCGGGCCCCGCGGCGGCGGCCGGAACCCCUGUGCGGAGGACGCGGCUUCCCUCAGCGCCCGAGAGCCGGCGGGUGGGGUGGGGGACUGCGCGCGGGCGAGCGCGGCGGGGGAAGCUGUGGUGCGGCGGGUGGGAGACCGGGCGGUGCUGCCGGGAUGA